CAUAACAAGCAGGCGUUGAGCCUGCACCUACUCGCCCAUCAUGUCCGGCGCAGGCGACCGCGAGCCCGUCUUUCCUACCCGUCAAUCACUUGGGGCCAUGAAGUCCAAACUCAAAGGCGCACAAACUGGCCACGACUUGCUAAAGCGCAAAUCUGAAGCCCUCACCAAGCGCUUUCGCGAAAUCACCCGCCGCAUCGACGAAGCCAAGCGUAAGAUGGGUCGUGUCAUGCAGAUCGCUGCUUUCUCCCUCGCUGAAGUCACCUACGCCGUCGGUAACUCUCAGAUUGGCUAUCAAAUCACGGAGAGUGUGCGACAGGCCAAGUUCAGAGUACGGACCAGACAAGAGAACGUCAGCGGUGUGUUUCUGCCGCAGUUUGAGAGCUUCCAACAAGAGGGCGUCGACAGUGGGUUUGGCAUGACCGGAUUGGGCAAGGGUGGACAGCAAGUGCAGAAGUGUAGGGACACGUAUACCAGGGCGGUGGAGACGCUGGUAGAGUUGGCGAGCUUGCAGACCGCUUUCGUCAUUCUGGAUGAGGUGAUUAAGGUGGUGAACCGCAGAGUGAAUGCUAUCGAACACGUCAUUAUCCCACGCACCGAAAACACGAUCAAAUACAUCAACUCUGAGCUUGACGAACUGGAUCGAGAAGAGUUUUUCCGGCUUAAGAAAGUCAAGGGUGUCAAAGAACGCGCGGCCGCGACUGAAGAGGAGGCAAGGAAGAAGCAGGCACGGCGCGAAAGCGAUAAGGAGAACCAACAAGCUAACGGUGAGGACGGCGAGACGAAGAACGUGCUUGGCGAUGAAGGUGACGAGGACGUCAUCUUUUGAUGUGUUUUGCUCACGCAUACUGCCACAGGUCCUGAUUUAAAUCAAACCCGGCGCUCCAAUCUGUGCUCAGAACAUCCUCCCAUUCACUCGGCGGUGUCGGCAGUCGGGUAUAAAGUGCUGGGUCCACCGGCACCGUUGGUACCAUUGACUCAUCGCUACCGCCCCGACUUGGAGGCUCAUUCAGUGCAGAUCCAGCUGUUCUGGUCACUUCCGCGGUAGGUCGCGCGCUCCCUAGCGGCCUCCUCCAGUUCAGACCAGC